AUGGGCAUUGAUAUAGCUAAUCAGGCGAGCUCUUUGACUCGGGACAAGAAAAAGGCACCAGAUACCGAGACUGAUGGAAUACAGCUAUCGGCACAGAGAAGCGCCAGCUUAGGAGGCAUUGGCUCCAUUCACAAAACAGAGGGAGCACACACAGAUGUUGGUCUGGAAUUAUUCCAAAAGUCUCUUCAAUACGACGAGGAGCAACUCACUGCCGACGUCGGAAGAGUCCGACGGAAGCUAGAUUUUCUUGUCCUUCCAAUGAUGAUGGUGACAUAUAUGCUUAGCUUCUUGGACAAGCAAACUCUGAACUACGCCAAUGCCUACGGCCUCCAAGAAGACACUAAUAUGACCGGCAAUCAAUACUCGUGGGUGGCCUCCGCGUUGUAUUUCGGCUGGCUCCUUGGCUCGUACCCGUCCAAUCUUGCCCUACAGCACUUCCCCAUUGGGAAAUUUGUUGGGGGUAUGACUUUCAUCUGGGGCGCGAUCUGUAUGCUUCAAGCUGCAGCCUUUACCUUUUCGGGUCUUUUCGCGGUGCGCUUUUUCCUCGGUAUGGUAGAGUCCUGCGUGUCUCCGGGAUGGCUUCUUCUAUCAUCAACUCUCUGGACUCGGGAGGAAAUGCCCCUCCGAAGUUCAUUCUGGCUCGCCAUGAACGGAAUGGCCCAAGUAAUUGGUGCUCUCCUUAGUUAUGGGUUGGGGAACGUAACGAAUCUCGCGGUUCAGAACUGGAAACUCAUCUAUAUAGUUAUUGGGGCACUGACACUCCUCUGGGCUAUCGUCCUCAUUAUCUGGAUGCCGGACGGACCCCAUAAUGGUAGGAUGUUCUCUGAGUAUGAGCGCAUCGUCGCUGUCUGGCGCAUUCGAAACAACAGGACCGGCGUACAAAAUUCCACCUUCCUGCCGCAUCAACUUAGAGAGGCCUCGAUUGACCCAAAGUCUUAUAUACUACUCCUGAUGGCUGCGGCCUAUGGUAUCUUGAAUGGCUGCGUCUCCAACUUCGCUAGUGAACUUAUCAAAGGUUUUGGAUUCAGCGGCCUACAAGCAAAUCUGCUACAGACUCCUGGGGGAGCCUUUCAAAUUUUUACAAAUAUUGGUUUCGGCUUCCUGGCAACUCUGCCAAAUAUGCUUGGAGUGUCAAAUUUCUUGGCUUGCUUUCCCGGCACAGCCGGACUAAUCGGCAUGCUCGUGAUCCCGAACAGCCAGCGCUGGGCCCUAGUCGCCUGUUCGUGGCUACAGGGGUCGUUGGGGCCUUGCAUUGUGCUAAACUGGACUUUGCCUUCUAUGAACAUCGCAGGGCAUACGAAACGAACCACCGUCAUGGGCCUAUAUUUCGCAUUCUACUGUGCUGGCAAUAUUUCCAGUCCUCAUCUUUUUAUCCCAAGCGAAGCUCCAAGAUACAAGACAGCGAUCAAAGGCCUAGUGGGGACAUACUGUGUGGCCAUGUUUCUGCAACUGGUUUACACUGCCUGGUGCUACAUGAAUAAUAGUGAACGCAACAAGGAAUCCCAACAGGAAGGUUUUAACGAGCAGCAAGUUGUAGGUGAUUUGGAAGGAUUUGAGGAUUUCACGGACAAGGAGAACAAGCAUUUUAGAUAUCGACUUUAG